UACCCGAUGAAGUGGAAAAUGUGCAAUAGGGGACAUUUUGAUGUGUGAAGGAAAAAGGCGUCCGCAGUUUAAACACUUUACAUUUUUCCAGGAUGCAGUGACGCCACCGGGAGAGUAACUGUGUUUUCUGACGCUGUGUAACGGCCCGAAGAGUCGGUGCAAGAUAAACAUGCUUCAGACGAGGCGGACUCCCGAUGCUACUCGCGGCUUUAUUUCCCUUUAGCUUCAGCAGGAGUUGUAAGGUACCUUAUGCAACGAGUACAGCGCAAAAAUAGCUUCUCUAUGCCAAGAUAAAGUAUGGAUGGGUGGAGCGCUAUCCCUGCCUCGGAUAAUGACCCGUCCAGCUCGGAGGGGGAAUACAUGGUGGAGCAGGGACCCGUAGAGGGAGCGGCGGACAGGGAGCAGCAGCGGGGUAACGUGGACGGGAUGGACGACAUGGGCAACGGUGCUGUCGGGUUUGGGAUGAGUGGGACAGGGGAGGGCAAAGUGGUGCUGGGUCGACUCGGACAGAGAGACGACAAAGAACUGAGGUACCUGCACUUGCUGUGGGAGCCGGGGCGAGGAGAGUUCGGUGCGGGUGAUGUGGCGUGCAAACUGGGGAAGAUAACGGGGAGCAGGGCCAGGCGGCACCACAGAGCCGUGCGGAACCUGGGUCCCAUCGGUAAAGAUGUUUAUGCUGCCAAAAGACUGAGGGAAGCAGCAAACAGCAAUGAUAUUGACACAGUCCGAAAGCUCCUGCAAGAUGAUAUAGACCCCUGUGCAGCAGAUGACAAAGGAAGGACAGCUCUUCAUUUCUCUUCGUGCAAUGGCAAUGAGAGCAUUGUGCAGUUGCUGCUGAGCCACGGUGCUGACCCCAACCAGCGAGACAGUCUGGGGAAUACCCCCCUCCAUCUGGCGGCCUGUACCAACCAUGUGCCUGUAAUCACCACACUGCUAAGGGGAGGAGCCCGCGUGGAUGCCCUUGAUCGAGCUGGCAGGACCCCACUGCAUCUAGCACGCUCUAAGCUGAACAUUUUGCAGGAGGGAGAUUCACGCAGCUUAGAAACACUGAGAGGGGAAGUCACACAGAUUAUUCAGAUGCUGAGAGAAUACCUGAAUUUAAUGGGCCAGAGUGAAGCUAAAGAGAGGCUGGAGCACAUUUCGACACAGUUGGAGCACACGCGCACCAAAGAGCAGGUGGAUGAAGUGACUGACUUAUUGGCCAGUUUUACAUCACUCAGUCUACAGAAACAGAAUUUGGGCGACAGGUAGAAGAUAAAACACUGAAGAAGUGAAACUCAGCGCCUCUUUUUUUGGGGGGGGGGCACAAGCUUCUGCUUUACUAGCUUCGACCUGGCCAGCACGAGCUGAACCACCACGCUGUGGUCAUCUCUUAAACUGAGCGUUAAGAUAAAUUGCCCUUUGGAACAGUUGUACUUUUUGUUAUAUAUGUUUGUUUUGGUAAUUAUUUGGUUGUUCUCAAACUGUGGGCUGUACCUCACUGGUGGGGUACAAAGCCACUGCAUGUGGCUUCAUAUAUGUG